AUGCUCUUCAUCUUGUUUUACAGAACACUUCAGACAGUUGGACCCUCUCAUGCCAGGACCUACACAGUGGCAGUGUAUUUUAAAGGUGAACGGAUUGGCUGUGGAAAAGGACCAAGUAUUCAGCAAGCUGAGAUGGGUGCAGCCAUGGAUGCGCUGGAGAAAUAUAACUUUCCUCAGAUGGCUCAUCAGAAACGCUUCAUUGAAAGGAAGUACCGACAAGAACUGAAGGAGAUGAGAAGAGAGCGGGAGCGACAGGAGAGAGAUAGUGAUGAAGGGUAGAAAAGCAGAAAGUGAAGGAAAAAAGCAGGUUGUUACAUGAAGUGAGUCGUACAACAGCAAGCUUAGGAAAGCAAGAAUCUUUUUGUUUUGUUUUGUUUUGUUUUGUAUAUGAAUAUGUGUAUAAAUCUGUUUGUUAAUCCAAUUCAUACCGUUGGUAUGUUUUAAAAAGAGAAAAGCUUUGCGUGAAAUAAAUCAAACCAUCAAAAUGUUUAUUGUGUGCAUCAUUUGGUCAAACCACAGAGCACAUAAUUUGGUCAAACAGUCUUUUGUACAGUGAUCAUAAUCUAAUAGCAUUUGAUUGUGAAAAAUGACUGUUACAUACAAGGCAUAUGAGCCACAACUAAUUUCAUUCACAUUUAAAGGGUUAGUUCACCCAAAAUGAAA